GCGACGAAGCAGCGAAGUCGGAGUUCUGAAGUUGUAGAUCUCGGCGGCGGCGACCUUACAGCGAACUCGGAGAUCUCGGCGGCGGCGACCUUGCAUCGAUCUCGGCGGCUGCGAUCUCGGCGGCAGCGAUCUUGUCGGCGGCGACGAACUCGGCGAUCUCGGCGGCGGCGCUUUGCAGGGAACUCGGGUUCUUGAUCAAGGAUAUUGGACAAUGGCAA